AUGCCAUGGCCUAAUGAUGAUGUCGCGCCCAGACUUGGCCCGCUUGUAUGUCCGACACGUCAGAAAGCUGCGAACGCAACUCAAGACGGGGCGGCAGGGCUCCACGCUGCUCCUGGUAGAACUCCAGGAGGAGCCGGAGCUCUGCCGGGCUUUGUCGUCGGAGCUCGAACAGGGGACGACAAUUAAGGGUGCACAAAAUACAUACUCAAGAACAUACUUAAAAACUUCAUAUGCACUAGCGCAAGCGCGGAAAAAAAAUCAUAGAUAUGCAGUGCUGUGUGAUAACAUGGCUGCUCUGGAUUUUAUAUGUGAGCAAUUCCUGAAAAAAAUAAGCGCCAGCUUUAUAUGUGGUUGACUGUAGACGUAAAUGAGAGCGAUGGCAUAAGUUACCAUCUGGAACUUGCAGUGGCGUAGUGCUAGCGAAAAUGAUUCCAGAGGUUGAUAUGUAGACGCGGCGUGUGAGUUCGAGGUGGCAAAAAGGUGGCAAAGAGAGUUUGGCUUUUGCAGAGCCUCUCUUUGAAAAAAAGGCGGCUUCGGCAACGCCUCAAGUCGGGAACAUUUUAGGGUUUUCAAACGCUUCCGCUUUUGGUAGUUAUUUGCUGCUAGAUCAAUCUCCGCGCUUGCGCAUCACGUCAAAGCGCAGCGACUGCUCUUCUCGCGAGAGCGCGGAGAUGCAGCAUAAUUUUCAGCAUAAAAAAGAGCAGAAAAACAAGCAGAAAAAGGAGCAUAAUUUUGAGCACAUAAACUUAAACGCAGAGCAAUAGGCGCAGUCUAAGAAAUUUUUGGGUACUCAAAAACGGAGCCACUUUUUCAGCAUAAAAAAAAGCAUACUUUUAAGCAUAAAACAGAGCACAUUUUUGCACGUCGUAGCGCCACGAGUAUGCUCCAAGUUGGAGCCCCGCGCCCGAGCCCCACGCCCGAACUCCUCGCUCGAGCUCGACGCUCGAGCGCGACGCCAUUACUUCGCGCUUUGUUUAGCGUUGUGAGUGCAGGCAGCGCGGCGGCAUAUUGCUGGCGCGUCAUGGCUGCGCAUGAUAGUGAUAUAUCCAAAAUUGCGCAAGAAAGCUAGCGCGCGCGCGUUGUUCGCGUUUGGGUUGGUUGUUGUCGAUUUGCGCAUCUUUUUCUCUUUCCGGUCGUGAAAAAAUAAGAACAGGCUCGGCACCUGAUCAAUGAGAAGGUCAAAACCGCACCAAAUACCGCUCUAAUCGUUUCAAUAAUAAUAAAUCCGUACAACAUAUCGGCCACUUGUGUCUAUUUCUGAUCGUGAUAAUAUAUAUAAUUUCCGCGCAUAUAAAGUUUUUAACUAUGAAGAAAAAUAUGUAUUUUGUGUACCUCUAAGACAAAGGAGCAGCAGCCGCGGACCCUGCGCCAAGGAAAGCAAUUUCAAGACCGGGGAAGACACGCAGCGGGCAAAGGGCGC